AUGCUAAUUAGGCUUACCCGCUCAUUUGCCAGGUCAGUCAAAAAAACAGUCCUUUUCACUGAAGCCAAAGAAAAAGCAGACGACAAAAAACCUCUAGUAAAGCCAGAGCCUGGAAAAAAAGCAGUCCAAUUACAAGAUCGAGCAUGGAUGGGAAAAAGAUACAUCGCCCUUGUAGACCUCCCAGACAAGCUUCACAAGUCAGCCCAAAAGGUCUUUUCUGGAAGGCCUUCAAAGACUAUUAAAGAAUGGGGAUACAAAACAGCACAAAUACUAACAGAGCUUCAUGGGCUUGAAAAACCUCAGGAUAUUACUAAAUUAAAGCCAUUUGCCACCACUUAUGAGCUGAUAGGACCAAGGACGCCUGUAAAGGAGCUGAAAAGCUAUAGGCAUGAAAGGCUGCCGAAGAUCAUUGAUGCGAAAAUGGUCGCUGGGGAGAUGGAGAUACCUAAAAUUGUAAGUGAAAAAGCACCAGCUGUGAGUUUGAAGUAUCAAGAAGAGCAUGCGAUUGGGUAUACGUGGAGAAUAAUGCCAGGAUCUUAUGGGACUGUGUAUAGGUGUUUAAGUGAAGCUGUAACUAGGCUGCCGAAUAUUAACCCAACAAAGAUUUUGGACUAUGGAGCGGGGACUGGGGCUGGGUCUUUUGCUGCAAUGACAUUAUACCCGAACACAAAAAUUGUAUACUUUUUUAUAAUUAAUAGGAAUUUUAAGUUUUUUAUUAAAAAUUAAGGAUUUAUUCAUAAUUUAUUGUGAUAGCUGCGGUAGAGCCUUCUAAAAAUAUGAGAACAAUAGGGAAAAAACUAACAGAAAAAUUACCUCAAAUACAAUGGUACGAAACUCUAGCGAAUCUGCCUGGAAUCGGAGACGAAGAAGGGCUAUUUGAUAUUGUACUGUGCAGCUACGUCCUUGGCGAAGUAGAAAACGCAGUCACCCGCAAUCUUAUCCUAGACGCCCUUUGGCAUCGCACAAAUAAACUGCUCCUCUUUAUAGAGCCAGGAACCCCAAAAGGAUUUCGACUGAUUUAUUCCAUUAGAGAGUGGGUUUUAAAUACAAUGACCAGAGAAGAAGCCAAUAUAGUAGCCCCUUGCCCACAUGAAGGUGUAUGCCCACAGGCCAGCGAUAAACACGACUGGUGUCAUUUUUCACAGUUUGCCAGUAGGUGACCUAAAGCUGUUAUAGGAAAAAGCCCUAAAGAAAUGCCGACUGAUAAUGAAAAGUUUUCGUAUAUUUUGCUUCACAGAGGGCCAUUGCCGAGGCAGUAUUUAAAUAAUGAAGAAGAAGCAGAGACACUGCAAGAAAAAAGCUUUUUUUGGAAAAGAUUAGUGCAUCCUGCUAUUAAGAGGAAGGGAAAUGUGAUUGUUGAUGUAUGUGAAGAAGGGAAAAAAGGGAGAUACAUAGUCAGCAAGUCUAAGUAUGAUAAAGAGUCAUAUAGGUUUGCUAGGAAGUCGCAUUGGGGUGAUCUUUGGCCUUAUAAAUUUACUACAAAAAAUAUUAGAUAA